AUCUUUCACUCGAUUUAAUAGAGACGAACCAGCCAAGGGCUGAAAGUCUCUUUAAUAAAGACAAAUCAAUCAAUCAAAAUCACUCGAUUUCAAUCGUAUUGCCUUCUAGAAAAAUGCUUCAGUUCUAAACUGGGUCCUUUACAAUUGAAUUUUAUCAUUCAAACUGGGUUUAGUAUAAAUGAAGAAGGUUUAUCACGGAUGACAUCAGUUCACAAAGUGUUUCAAAGGAUUAACAACGUGAAGCAAGUGUGAUAGCUUGAAAAUGAAGUUCACCAUUGCCGUCAUCGCCCUGGUUUUGGCCAUCAGCGCCAAAGCAUCUCCUGCUCCAUAUGCCCACGAUGUCGUGGCCUAUGCCAAUCCAUGGCCCGUGAAGACCAGCACGGUUUGGCCAGCCUAUGGUAAAUUGUACGGUGGUAAGGUUGCUGUUGUCCCAGAUGCUGUCUACGCAAAGUACGCUGCCUACCCGAAUGUGUAUGGGAACUGGCCAGUCUACGGAAAGAGCUGGGGAUAUUCUGCUCCGGUUGUCUCCAAAGUGGUUGACAAUGGUCUGUGGAACUACGGUGGAUACGGAUAUGGCAAUGGAUACGGCCUGGGAUAUAACAAGUACUGGCUGUAAGGUUCCUGUAAUGAUUCGAGAAUAAAAUAUCAAUAUCGCAAUGUUUUACCAAAUUCUUUUUUUUUUGCUUUCGCCUCAUUGAACAAUAACUCUUCGUAAAAAAAUGUUGUUCAUUCCGUUAAGGAUUAAGUGA